UCAUGCUUCGUAGCGUCGUUUUGUUUUGUUUUUAUAUCCCGAUGGAUAAACCAGAUGGCUGAUGUGGUUUAUGGCUGCUUUUCCUCUCCUAAAUCACACUUGUUGUUAUUCAUUUUAUUCUUCUUUUCCUGGUAUAACACCAAAAGCGCUAUCGUUUUCCAUCCAUCCUAUCUAACUGUAAGUGGGCCAACAGCCACCACACUGUUGCUGGGAAACACUUCAGACAUCUCUCUGUACCUCAGGACCGUGUUUCCAUCCAACACCACUGGAUACAUUGACCCACCUGCAUGUGUAGCUGAGUUAACAAAGUGGAUUCUCUCGAGAGAACAGGUUGGAAAGAAUGCUGUUCGAGUUCAGGUACAACUGAAUCGAAGCCUGCACUUGUGUGCUGAUAAUGAGACAGACUGCUGUCCAAAGCCACUAUGUGUUCUGGAGACCCUUCAGCUGUCUGCAUGUUCGGGUGACACACCUCAGGCAUCACUACUCAUCCAGGUCAGGGUAUAUGCCCUGCUGUUUCCUGAGGAUGCUGGACUUUCUAAUAUAACCGUGAUUCCCAACCAAGUGUACCAACCACUGGGCUCUUGUCCAUGUGACCUCACACUCAGAGUGUGUGAUAUACGUUGUUGCUGUGACAAGGACUGUUCCCCUGGAGAUUUGAAGUUGUUUGACUCCCACUGUCUGCUGGGGCCUUUUGGUGGACAAGUCUCUCCCACCCCAAACUAUCAGUGCUCCGCAGUGUCCUCUGAACAUUUUUCAGAUUGGAUUCCAUUUUUAUGUGUCACUUCACCACCUGAGAACAACCCUUAUCUUGGCCUCUUUUAUCAGGGAGACAAAAUCACGCCAAAACCAGGCCCGUCCUUCAAAAGCCCUGCUUUGUCAGCACCAUUGACUGUCAGUUUUUAUACCCAAGGAAGUCCAAUUUUGACUCUAAGUGAUCAGCACUUCACCAUUCCACAGAAAGCCCUUGGACAGUGUGUAAACAAUGCUCCUGUAGCAUUCUUGAAAAAUUUCAAGGUCCGGUGUCUAAAUCUGCUGCACUCCUGUCCAACUGAAGCUCCCUUACAGACAUCAGCAACUGAUUUAAGGAUUCAAGUGAAGGAUGGGCAAGGGGGUGUGAUUACAGUGGAGGUCAGGGACCACGUGGCUGUUGAUUUGAGUCCAUUUAUUUCAAGCUUGGGUGCUCCGAUGUCCUCAGAUGUGAGGCAGAUGUGUGAGAAUGUGACCUUGGCCUUAGAUUACAAAUUCUACUGGAAAGGAAACAGAAUCACAGAUAUUACUGUAACGCGCGCUGUGGGGACUGUCAUCCUGGAGGGUAGUGGGGCAUUAACUUCUACCUAUUCUGCUGUGUUUCUCAAUGGAGAAUUCAUGGGGGAGCCCAAUUCAGGGAACCCAUGGUAUCAGGAAGGAAUGCCCGUUGUUGCUGGAAUUGUGGACACAUUGGACAACAAUACAGGUGGAAUACAAAGGAGUACAAUAAAUCUUUGGAAACCAGUGGGUGAUGGACUCUGUUCUUCUGCUGAGAAGAAACCAGUUCUGUUUGGUGAAAAUUCAACCACAGGAUGUUUGUUACCUGUCAGCAGCCAGAAUCUGAGUCAGUGUGAUCUCCUGAGAGAGACUGUUACUUCUUUCCAGUCAGCUUUGAUUACAUCCACAUAUGUGGCUAAGAGCGGAAACCCGGGUGCUCUAACAGCAGCAGACUGGGUGAAUAUAAGCUAUGUGACGCUGAACUCAAGCAGUGCUAUGGAAGAUAGAGCUGGCACAUGUUAUGGGAUUCCAUCCCACCAGCACAUCCAUGUUUGGACUUUAAUCACUGGUGUGAUAGAUGGAUUACCUCAAAAAGAAAUCACCUCUGUACAAGUCAGUUACAGUUUGUCGAUUUGGGGACUGGAGUGUGGAGGAGGUGAGGUCUCUUCAUAUGUGGACCCGAUGGAGACACAGUUAUUUCCUGUUACUACGUCAGUCACCUUUACCAACAUCCCCAUCAAGACAGGAGCGCCAAAAACCAGGUUUCAAAUCAACUACACGGAGUAUGAUUGCAACAGGAAUGAUGUAUGUUGGCCUGAGCUGGGUUUCCCUAUCACCAGAUAUUACACAGGAGAGCCAUAUUCUCAGUCACUGGCUAAGGGCCUUAUCUUGGUUUUCUUCUUUCUCAUUGCUUCUGUUCUUGGGACUCCAUGGAGACAAAUACGACAGGUGUGGAACAGCACCUCUCUAUAAAACAAAGGGUUAGAAUGACCCCUGAUGAAAAUGCAAAGGAAGACAAGUGGAGGCAGAAUAAUAGGUGAAUGUUGAAUCUCUGUUACAACAAAAUCAUGUUCUCUUGUCACUAAAAUGUGCUUUCCCAUAUUAUAUGAGUAUCUCCUUCUUGCUUUUUGUAAAUAGUUUUACUGUUGCACUUUUUUGUUAUUAAAAUAA